CGUUAUCGCUCUUGUUCAUGGAGAAGGAGAGUAGGAAUGUUGUGCGAGGUAUAAAAACAGUGGUGGGAGCCCUGCUACAGCACAGCUUCACAGCAGCUGCCACACACAGCACCCUGCCCUACUGGAAACAUAUAUGCCUGGACUACAUCACACAAAGCAAGUGCAGCAGCCACUGAUGGCCAACCCAGAUCCAGAGAUGUCAGGGGGCGGGGAGCAGAAGGCGGCUCAGGGGGAAAACGCUGAGGCUGGGAAGUCUGCAGUCCACACCUGCCAACAGAAGGCCAAGGCCUGGCUGCUACUGUUACUGUCCUACAUCUCAGGAGACAUGGAGGUGUUUGCAGAGUGGAUGAAAAAACAGUUUUUCCUACUCCAGCUGCUAGACUGGGUUCUCCGUGGUGCUGCCCAGGUCAUGUUUGUCAACAAUCCUCUGAGUGGCCUAGUGAUCUUUGCUGGGCUGAUCCUGCAGAACCGCUGGUGGGCUCUCAACGGCUUCGUGGGCACACUCUUCGCCACCAUCUCUGCCCUCAUACUGCAACAGAGCAGGGGUGCGAUUGCAGCGGGGCUGUAUGGUUACAAUGGGAUCUUGGUGGGGCUGCUGAUGGCCGUGUUCUCUAACGCUGGAGACUGGUACUGGUGGCUCCUACUGCCCAACAUCGUCAUGUCUAUGACCUGCCCUAUAGUGUCCAGUGCGUUGGCGUCCAUUAACAGUCGUUGGGACCUGCCAGUGUUCACUCUUCCCUUCAACAUCCUCGUAUGUCUCCACAUGGUGGCUACUGGCCACUACAACCACCACUUCCCCCAAAUCCUCAUCCAGCCGCGCACAGAACUAGCCAACAUCACCUGGGCUGAGGUCAACGUAGCUAAGCUGUUCACAGCAGUGCCAGUAGGUAUAGGCCAGGUGUAUGGGUGUGAUAACCCCUGGACAGGAGGAAUCUUCAUGGUCGCUCUCUUCAUUUCCUCUCCCAUCACCUGUGCUCACGCUACCAUUGGAUCCGCAGUCGGCAUGGUCUCAGGUCUGGCCCUGGCAGCUCCAUUUGAGGCGAUCUACUUUGGUCUGUGGGGGUAUAACUGUGUUCUAGCUUGCAUCGCUAUUGGAGGGAUGUUCUACGCUCUCACCUGGCAGGUACACCUGCUGGCAAUCACCUGUGCUUUCUUCUGUGCAUAUCUGGGCUCAGCCAUCGCUAAUGUCAUGUCCACAUUUGGCCUGCCAGCCUGCACCUGGCCCUUCUGUCUCUCCGCCCUCACCUUCCUUCUGUUUACCACGGAAACCAACACCAUAUUCAAGCUGCCGCUGGCUAACGUGGCCUACCCAGAGAGGAACCUGCGCUUCUUCUGGAAGCUCCGAAAGAAGGAGAAGCUGGAGAGAGAGGAGAAGGAAAGAGAUGAGGAAAAGUGGAGGGCAAAGGAGCAGGAGCUGCUAGGUAACGAUAAAGAGGUGCUGAGGAUGGAGAGAAUGGAUGGCAAAGAGAAGGGUGAUGGGAUGGAAGGCAAGGAGAUUAAUAAAAUGAUGAUUCAGGAGGAAGAGAUGAUGGAGGUGGCCUUGGGUGAAGUGUGCAGCAUGGCAGAAAAUGUCUGAGCUCAUCAACAGACUCCAGAUGUUUUACUAUGUACUAUGAUGGACAGAUGGGUGUGUGUGUUGGUAGACGGUAUCUGAAGUGUUCGUUUUAGCGUUAUACAUACUGUAUGUAACUUAUCUUAUUGUUUAUUACUUCUGAAAAAUGCCCAAAGCUCAGGUAACUAGCCCUCAGGUAACUAGCCCUCAGGUAACUAGCACUCAGGUAGGGCUACAGUAGGUCAUUCCGGUGUAUGGUAUUGUAUCUAACUUUGCUAUACAGUGGAUAUUACCACAGUUAUGUACUUUCAUACUUACUUGGUUUGAGUUCGAAUAAAAGUCUAUUUUUCUAACAAAA